AUGUCUCCGACGACGAUGAUUCUGGAUAAAGUCGACCAGCUAACAGCCGACAAGAGCCCAUGUCCCCGGGUCCGGCCCCGUCCCGAGGGCCGAUCGCGCCGGCGACAUCACAAAUCCAGAAGUGGCUGCCGGCCCUGUAAAGGCCGCCGGGUAAAGUGCGACGAGGCCCAUCCCGCCUGUAAUAACUGCACCAGGAGGGAAGUCGCUUGUGAAUAUUUUGACACCUGGCGCUGCUUGAUCGAUCGCCCGGGCGAAUCACCCAAGAUUCUCCCUCGACUAGACCAGAGCCGAGAUGGAUCUACAGUGUCACCGGCGCCCUCGACACAGACCGAUUCCUCGGGGAUCCCCAGCAGCUUAGCGCCAUCGCAAAAUCUCUUCCCCGAGGACGUUGGGGCCCCGGAAGACCGCUUGCUGGAUCUCCGUCUCUUCUGCCACUAUCUGGAGAUGACGACACGGUCGACAGACGUGCAAAUGUCCUGGGCUUUCUGGAUAGUGCAAGAAGCAUCACGAUCACCGCCCGUCAUGGACGCUCUCCUCGGUUUUUCAGCCUUCCAUCUGCGACGUCACCACAAGCACGAUGAGGCUCUGCGUGACGCCUCUCACAGGUUUAUGGCUCGCGCGAUACGACGCCACAGAGAGCAGCUCAGGGCGGGAUUUAACGACACCAACGCUGCGAGCAUCGUCGCGACCUGCGCCUUGGUGACUUUCCACUCAAGCGUGAACCAUUCAUUGCUAAGUCCAGAUGAUGGCGGCCACCGCCUACCUGUUCACUGGUUCCGCUCAUUUCACAUGACGAUGCAAGUCAUUCGGAUGGCACGUUUCUUCAGCUCAGACUCGGACCUCUGCCGAAGACUUGCAGGGAUUGACAGGCUCCAGCACGAGAUUAUGGAAAGGGAAGUCGGUGGCAAGUUCAACUUUCUCCUUGAAUAUAUUGAUCCGCUGGGUCCCUCAGACGAGGAAUCUCUGCUGGCCUAUGGCCAGACUGUGGCUUUGCUCUCGUCAUUCUACUGCAACUUGGAGCAUGCAACGCCCCUGCUCUUCUUCAUCACUGUGUCGCCUCGAUACGUUGACCUCUUGGCGGCCAAGGACCCCAGAGCGUUGGCCAUCCUAGGAUACUUUUUCAUGCUUGUAAAAAAGAGUCGACAAUUCUGGUGGUUAGACGGAGCCCCCGAGUCCGAGUUUGCUACCGUUAUGGCAUUAUUGCCGCAUCGAUGGAGGCAGGUGAUGGAUUGGGCAGUGCUGGAAUUUGCCCAGCAAGAGUCGUCGGCUUAG